ACUUUUUUUGCGUUAAAACAGACAGAUUCAAUAUUAAAUAAGUGAGAAGAGAGAGAGAAGAGAUUGAGAGAGAGAGAGAGCUGAGGAAUAUGUGCAAAGGUUAUAUAGCAUAGCACUCACAGAGUACACAGUUCAUGAAAACAAAACAGUGAGAAAAGAGAGAGAAGCUAAUUAAGUGAUCCAUCAAGACAUGGCGAAUUCUUCGGCAGCAGCAUUUUUGGAUGAGAUUCCAAACAAGAAGAACAAAGAAAGUUGCAUAAUCAAUUUCCCUUUUUCACCAGCUUUACCAUCUUACAGUAUCUUUGAUAUGAUUCCUCCACCAUCACAAUCUGAUGAUAAUCAUCAUCAUCAUCAAAAAGCUUCUUCCUUUGGUUACAUGGACUUGUUAAGUACACAAGAAUUCACUACUUCUUCAACUUUAUUCGAUUGGCUCCCCACCACUGAUGAUGACAUGCAGCUGCCUCCUCUACCGGUACCGUCUCCGACCGCAACCUCCGAGGUUUUGAAUAAUCCAGCCACCCCUGUCUCUCUUUCGUCGUCGAUUUCUUCGUCUUCCCAUGAAGCUGGUGUUGCUAACAAAUCAGUAGCAGAGAAUGAAGAUGAACUUGGAUUUGAAGAACCAGGUGAUAAAAAUGGAGUUCAUGGGAUCAGAUUAGUGGAGAAUCAAAAUGAUCAACAAGAUCAGACUAAGAAACAGGUGAAACCUGCAAGGAAGAGGAAGAACAAUAAGCAAAGAGCACCAAGAAUUACUUUCAAGACAAGGACCGAUGUUGAUCAUAUGGAUGAUGGUUAUAAGUGGCGCAAGUAUGGUCAAAAACCUGUCAAAAACAGCCCUUAUCCAAGGAGUUAUUACCGUUGCACCGCCAUUGGUUGUGAGGUGAAGAAGCGUAUAGAGCGUUCGGCCACUGAAGCUUCCGUGGUGCUAACCAGCUAUGAAGGCAAUCACAUCCACUAUUCCCCGGAAAGGAUGCAUGCUGCUAACUUUGGGAUGAUGCACAAUCCUUCUGGUUUUCAAGAACAGAUUCACCAACACCAGAAUAUAACUAGCGGUGUUGGUGAUGCUGUUGUUGGAAACCAAGUUGCAAUGUCUCAAUAUCAACAGUAUCAACAAUUUCUAGAUCAGAAUCAGAAUGUGCGUCAGCAGCAGCAACCAGUGCCAUCUUUGUUAUAUAAUAAUGACUAUAACAACUCCUUCAACACUGCUCCACCUGUGAGUGUUGUUAACUCUGCUGAUAAUUUUAUGGACUCUUCAGCAUCUUUUGGUGGGUUGCUUCAAAAUCAAGUGAAUUAUGGUGAAGAUAAUCUGGUGAGGAACCAUGGAGGACUUCUUCAGGACAUGAUUGUACCAAUGGAGAUGGGAGGAGCUAGAGCUGGAGUUCGAGUUGGAGAUGGAACUUCAAGUACAUGAAGAUGUAUGUUGGUUGGUUAAUUAUAUUUCAUCUGAUCCUAAAUAUAAGAGACAAUUAAGUCAAUAAAAGCUUAUGUAUUUCGUCUAGACCAGAUACAUGAACUUUUGUUACUUAAACUCUCUUUUAUAUUUAGGAUAAAAUGGUACUUAUUUAUGCUAUUAGUUAAUAAUAUUAUUUGACUUGUAUAUUAAUUAAUCUUAUCUUGUAGCUAGUAGUAUUUAAUUAAGAUUUAAGGUUCUUUAACUGAUCAUAUGAUUAUGGAAAACUCUUUCUGAGCCUGUGCCUCUGAAGUUCUUUGUGUUUUGAAGGUUAUUUCUAGUGUAAGUGAAACCAUACUUCAGUUGGCAUGUGUUCAUAUGAGACAAUUGAGACUUUUUAAUUAGAGUUUCCUUUUAUUUAUAUAUAAUAAUUAUUAUAUCAUGAAUGUACCCUUAUUAGAUUCUGAUGAUUUUGUUGCCUUUUAA